UGAGGGCGCGAGGCGCGAUCGCCAUGGUUCAUGGAGGAGACGAUGCGGCAUCGCUGUGCAGCAGCUCCACCAGAUCAUCCGGAACGAGGUGCUCGUUUGGGCCGCUACAGUCCAUGGCUGCUCGUGACGAGCUACGACGCCGGCGGAGGGAAGAACUUCGAGCGAGAUAUGAGAACACUAAAAGGCAAAAGGAAAUGGAGCUGAAAGCGAGGGUGCAGAGAGAAGCGGAGCUGGAGAAGCUACAGAGGAAAGCUUAUGUGGAGCAAAAGAAGCUGGCCGAGAAACAAAGGCUCGAGAAAGAGGAAGAGAAGAAGAAACAGCGUGAGCUGUGGUGCCAGCAGUUCGAGCUUGCAGCAUUGCAUUGCUCGCGGAAGAAACUUGUGUACUACGGAAUGCUGCCAUGGAAGAGACUGAUUUGGAACGAGAGAACGAAGAUGGACAAGGCGUGGACGCACUGUUCAUUGGUUCUAGAGCGGAAGAUUUUUGCUGCCUGGUGGAGCUGUGUCUCGGAUAGGAUGAACGAGGCUGCAGAGACAAUCGGAAAGUUUCGGGGGAGAUGGUGCCAAGUUCUGUGCCUACGCUUGUGGCUCAAGACGCUGAAAAUGACAAAGUUCUACUGCUCCCACCUGGUGAAAAGAUGUCUUUAUAGCUUCAAAGAGGCUGUUGAAACUAGAGGUUUCUACGAGGAAACAAGCGCCAUUUGUAACCAUAUUCGCCUGUGCAAAUGGAUUUGGAACAAGUGGAAAGUGGCAUCAAAGACUUCCAAGGAUGAGCUCUUUCUAAAAGAGCAAAUCGCAAUCGGCCGCGCAAAGAGAGCUCGCUGCAUGCGCUGCAUGAACGCUUGGAAGUAUGCCAUUUCAGACGAGCUGUCUGAGAAGAAGAAACAGGAAAGCCGAGCGGCAACUUGGGCCAAGAUCAACACCUGGCUGGAAGAAUAUCACAGGGAGAGAAUCGCAAAGCUCGAAGAGGAAACAACACCACCAGAAAGAGGUUCUCUGGAGCAAACGAUAGGAUCUUCGUGAAGUCUAGGACAGGUGGCGGCCUAUCACGUGGC